AUGUCAACUGCCGAUAAUGAGCUGCCUCCUACGGCUGCCGACCAGACCCCGGUUUUGAUACCAGAGGAAAGCGAGCUUGGCCAACCUAAUGACGUGAGCAUAGACAGGGCUACAGCGAUGAAAGAGGGCCAACCCACUCUGAGGGAGUUUUUAAAACAACAGCCAAACGACCUUCAGCAGGCUGAAGAAAUGGGAUCUGGCCAUACCACCGGGAACGUCACAGCUGACGAUGACGAUCUCGCAAUCAAAUUACCUAAAACCCCUCUUUCUAAUGUCUCAAGAAGGGAUAGUCACAAUACGGGCAACUUCAGCACGCACAGCAGCUCAGGCCCGCCAGUGACCAAUGUUCCAAAUACAUCGAACGAGAAGAUGAGUCACCUGAAUGAGGACUCCAGCCACAAACCAGAUAUUCCCUUGUCUGAAAAUUCGCCGCCCGGGGUUCCUGGAGCCACGAAAGAAUCUAUCUUGCGAAAAUAUAAUGAGCUCAACCUGGAAACAUUAAUCUGGGAUGAUUCUUCUCGAGACCGGACAAAUACAGAAAGAUCCACUAUAUUUGAUCUAGAUGGCAUGAUUUCACGAUUACUUAACGUGGGAAAAUCGAGGCCUGAGAAAAAUCUAUGUCUCAGCGAAAAUGACAUUCUAUCCAUUUGCUCGGCCGCCCGCAACCUGUUCCUUUCCCAGCCUAUUCUCCUAGAGCUAAAUGCUCCAAUUAAUAUCAUCGGGGACAUCCACGGUCAAUUUACGGACCUUCUUCGGUUAUUUGAGAUGUCUGGAUUUCCUCCUGCCGCAAACUAUCUGUUUCUAGGAGACUACGUUGACCGUGGAAAGCAAAGCUUGGAAACAAUACUUCUACUUCUGUGCUACAAGCUCAAAUACCCCGAAACUUUCUUUUUACUCCGGGGUAACCAUGAAUGUGCCAAUGUCUCUCGAAUCUACGGGUUUUAUGACGAGUGUAAGCGAAGAUCCAGUGUUAAGAUCUGGAAAACGUUUACCGAUGUUUUCAACUGUCUUCCAAUCGCUGCAGUUAUCGCUGAAAGGAUUUUCUGUGUGCAUGGAGGCCUUUCCCCAAAGCUUCUAGAUAUGAAUGACAUCCGAAACAUCGCUCGUCCUACGGAAGUGCCUGAUCAGGGUCUUUUGAACGAUCUCCUAUGGAGCGACCCCGCAAAUAUCAAAGACUGGGAACCUAACGAUGAUAGAGGUGUGAGUUGGUUCUUUGGAAGGAAGAUUGUAUCCAAUUUCCUGAAGCGUCACAACUUAGACCUUGUCUGCCGGGCGCACAUGGUGGUGGAAGGAGGAUAUGAGUUUUUUGGGGAGCGCAAUCUCGUUACGGUCUUCUCUGCACCAAAUGUGAGUCUUUGGCUUUUUCCCACUCGUUGA